AUGGCACUUUUCGAAGCAGUUGACAGUCAAAACCUUGAACGUGUUCGUCUGCUUGCUACAGAAGUCGACCUUAACUCCUGGGGCUCAGAACCACUUGACGAACAGGCAUUCGAUCGAUCGCCUCUCGCGCACGCUUCCCGAAAUGGUUUUCAUGAUAUGGUUAGUUUAUUACUUGCGUUGCACGCAAAGCCUCAAAUCAGUGGUGACGCGCUCAAUGCCACCGUCUCUGCAGGCCAUUUGGAUGUUGUACAAACUCUGAUACAACAUGGUGCGGAUGUCGAUUGGAACACUUAUUUGAGCAUACUGGCAGCCGCCAUUGAGCGCAAACAUCGGGAGCUCGUGGCUCUAUCACUUUCCGCUAUUCAGAGCAAGAAUCGAGAGCUGGACAAUGAUUUCGCACCAUACCGCAUAGACCUAAAUGAAACAAUUAAAGAUGGAAGGAAUGCUUUUGAAAUUGCUGGAGAUGGCGAUUUCUUUGAUCUCGACAUUUUCGGCUGGAUAUUGGAGGCUGGAGGUAGACCACGAAAGGGGUGUGGUUAUCACCAAAAGCCAGUGGAGCAGCCAACGCAAAGAUUAUUUGCAUAG